AUGUGCGUCAAGAUGUUUUUGCUAGCAUUACUUGUCGUGGUUUUACAUGUGGAAAUCUCAUCAGCACUAUAUGUAAAGCGGGCGGAUCAUGAUGAUCCCAGGCUUUUCUCUGCUGUUUUUGGCAAGAGAGCUGUUGAAUCUGAGCGGUACUAUCCUAUUCGAAUUGAAACAAGAGGCGAUCUUGACGAUCCAAGAUUCAUGACGAUGUCAUUCGGAAAGCGAGCUCUAUUACCAACCCUCCAUGACUUGCAAAUGUAUGUAAAGCGUGGCAGAGAUAUUGACGACCCUCGAUUUUUCUCGGGUGCAUUCGGAAAAAAAUAA